AUGUUGAGCUCAAAGCUUGCCCUCAUACUCAUGCUCACCGCUGGCGGUGACGUGGAUAGUUCUUCCAGCAACAUCCGACCGCCGGACCGUCUUUCUCGACGUGACGGUGGUCAACCCGGCGGCAAGCCUGGUGGCUUUGGCGCUGGUGGUGCCGAUCCUCUCAUCCACCCCGCCGCUCCUGGUGGUGGAUCUGGUGGUGGAUCUGGUGGUGGAUCCGCCGGAGGCUAUGGCAAUGGAGGCAUGGACCCGCUCACCCACCCUGCCUCUACUGGCGGUGCUCCAGACACUACGGCUACUUCCAAAGGUGGUCAGAUGCACUGGGCUACUGAUGCCUCUGGCAUGACUGGUGCUGAACUUGCCAAAGUUGUCCCUCACGAUUUCUUCAUUGGGUCCUCGGUCGACAACGGUGAUCUCAAGGAUCCCCUUGUCGCCCCUCUCACCAAGUACUUCCCCUACGUGACACCGGCCAACUCGCUCAAGAUGCAGUUCAUCUACGAGAGCGAAAACUCUUGGCACGAGGUUCAAACCGGCGUCGAAAAGGUUGUUGGCAAAGACACGAUCAAAUGGAAGUGGCACACUCUCGUUUGGGGUGCUGAACAGAACAAACAGAUGAUGCAACAGUCAUUCAGCAAAGAAGCCAUGUUGAAAACCAUUACGGAAUUCGUCAGCACCAAGAUGUGCCCUAAGUACAUCAAGGAGGCCAAUUUCUGGGGUAUCGACGUUCUCAACGAGGUUUUCGCCGAUGAUGGCAAAGGUUUCAAGAAGAACGGUUACUUCGAAGUGAUCGGUGAAGAAGGUUACAAGCAAGUGCUCAAGCUCGUUAAAAAGGAAUGCCCUAACCACAAGCUCAUCGUCAACGAUUACGGUAUGGAAAUCAAGAACCCCAAAUCCGACUUUGCUUUCAAGACGAUCAAGCAAUGGCUUGCCGAAGGUGUUCCUGUCGAUGUUGUUGGUCUUCAAUUCCACAUCGGUUUGACCAACAAGUACGAGGACAUGCUUGCUUCUAUCAAACGUUGGACUUCCGAAUCUAUUCCCGUAGUUCUUUCUGAGAUCGAUAUUCCCAUCAACCUUCCUCCUUCCCAGCAGGACCUCGAAAAGCAGGCUCAGCAAUACGGUACCAUGAUGCAGGCCGCUUUGGAAGGCGGUGCUUUCGGUGCUACAUUCUGGGGUUUGAUGGACUCGCACACUUGGUUCGGUACUCAGCAGCAAGCAGAUGGCAUGGGUCACGGUAAGACCGGUGCUCCUUUGCUGUUCGAUGCUCAGGGUAAGGCUAAACCUGCUGUUGCUGCUCUUGUUGAUGUUUUCAAGAAGUGGGCGAUCUGGGUAAGGGUGGUCAGGGCUCGUCGUCUUCUGAUGGCUCUGGUGCUGGCACUGGCACUGGCACUGGCACUGGCACGGGUGGCGACGGCACUGGCACUGGCACUGGCACGGGUGGCGACGGCACUGGCACGGGGUGGCGACGGCUCUGGUGCUGGUUCUGGUGGCUACGGCUCUGGUGCUGGCACUGGCACGGGUGGCGACGGCACUGGCACUGGCACUGGUUCUGGUGGCUACGGCUCUGGUGCUGGCACUGGCACGGGUGGCGACGGCACUGGCACUGGCACUGGCACGGGUGGCGACGGCACUGGCACGGGUGGCGACGGCUCUGGUGCUGGUUCUGGUGGCUACGGCUCUGGUGCUGGCACUGGCACGGCUGGCGACGGCACUGGCACUGGCACUGGCACGGGUGGCGACGGCACUGGCACGGGUGGCGACGGCACUGGCACUGGCACUGGCACGGCUGGCGACGGCACUGGCACUGGCACUGGCACGGGUGGCGACGGCACUGGCACUGGCACUGGCACGGGUGGCGACGGCUCUGGUGCUGGUUCUGGUGGCUACGGCUCUGGUGCUGGCUCUGGUGGCGACGGCUCUGCUGGCUCGGGUGGCUACGGCUCUGGUGGCUCUGGUGGCUACGGCUCUGGUGCUGGCUCUGGUGGCUACGGCUCUGGUGCUGGCUCUGGUGGCUACGGCUCUGCUGGCUCUGGUGGCUAUGGCUCUGGUGCUGGCUCGGGUGGCGACGGCACUGGCACUGGCUCUGGUGGCUACGGCUCUGGUGCUGGCUCGGGUGGCGACGGCUCCGGUGCUGGCUCUAGCGACCCUACCCACAAAGCCUACGACAGCUCUAGUUCUGACGCCGACGGCUCUGGCUCUGGUGCUGGCACUGGCACUGGCACGGGUGGCGACGGCACUGGCACUGGCACUGGCUCUGGUGGCUACGGCUCUGGUGCUGGCUCUGGUGGCUACGGCUCCGGUGCUGGCUCUAGCGACCCUACCCACGAAGCCUACGGUGGCUCUAAUUCUGACGUCGACGCUGGUCCCACUGACACGGGUCUUACUGGAGGCAAGGGUAACCCAGGCGGAGACCUUAGUAAAGCUAAGGGUCAGCCUGGAUCCAAUGGCGGCCAUUCUGUUCAUGACAUUUAUGGCACUCCCAAACACCGUCGUUCAAUGGCUUUGCUCCGUCGACGUCUCUAA